ACCAUUCAAGAAAGGAAAUGAUGGACUAAUAUCCCUUGUGAAUAUUGAUGCAAAAGUCAACAAAAUUCUAGUGAGCAGAGUUUAGCGCAUAUUGGCAGGAUUAAACACCAUGACUAAGUAUGAUUUCGGUGUGUUACGCCACAUCAACAAAAUGUAGGGGGAAAUCCCAAUAAAUUUCCCAUUUACAUCAUCUCAAUUGAUGGAGAAAAAGCAUAUGACAAAAUCCAACAUACUUUCAUGAUUAAAACGCUCAAAAGACUAUGAGUAGAAAGAAUAUCUCGACAUAGUAAAAGUCAUCUAUGACCAAGCCACAGCAAACAUCCUACCCACAAUGCAAGAUGGAGAGAUUUUCCUCUAAGAUCAAGAAUGAGACAAGUAUGCCCAAAUCACAACCCCACCCGGCAUACGACAGGGAAUCCCAGCCAGAUCAGUUAGGGGAGAAGAGGAAAUACAAGGCAUCCAACUUGUAAAGGAAAAAGUUAAAUGAUCUCUGUUUGCAGACGAUAUGGUCUUAUAUGUAAAAAAGCCUCAAGACUUCACAAAAACACCUGUUAGAACAAAUAGACAAGGUAUUCAGCAAAGUUUCAAAGUCUACGCAGAAAAAUCAGUUGCAUUUCUAUACAAGAACAAUGAACAAACUGUUCUGGAAACUGAGGGGAAAAUUCCUUUUGCAAUAGCAUCAAACUGAGUAAAAUCCUUAGGAAUUACAUUCACGGAGGAAGUGAAAGUUCUCUAGACCAAUAAUGAGAAAACAUUGCUGAAAGAGACUAAAGGAGAUGGAACUGGAAUAGAACCCUGUAUUCAUGGACAGGUUGGAAUAGUUGAUAUUGUUAUCUGAAGCGAGCUACUGAUUUAAUGCUAUCCUUAUCAAAAUCCCAAUGUCAUUUUUUGCAGAAAUGGAAAAAUCUAUCAUAUUGGAAUUUCAUAUUGGAAUUUCAAGGGACCUCACAUAGAUUUAAAAAAAAAAUCUUGAAAAGAGAAUGAAGUUGGAAGACAUCACAUUUCCUGAGUUCAAAACUUAACAUUAAAAAAAGAGUCAUCAGGAGUCAGUCCGUGAAGCAUCCGACGCUUGAUUUUGGCUCUGGUCAUGAUCUCAGGGUCUUGAGAUAGAGCCCCAUGUUUGGCUCAGUGCUGCGUGUGGAAUCUGCUUAAGAUUCUCUCUCUCCCUCUGCCCCUCUCCCUGCUCUCUCCCUCUCUAAAAAUGUACAGUAAUGAACACAGUGGUGCUGGCGUAAGACAGUCAUAUGGACAAAUGGGAUGGCACCAAAUGAACAGCUCCUAAGCAAACCCUUGCGUAUAUGGUGGAAUGAGUUUUGGGAAACGUGCCAAGACCUUUCAAUGGAGAGAGGACAGUCUUUUCAUGAAAUGUUUGGAAAAGUGAAUAUCCAUUGUGUGAAAUAAUGAAGUUGAGCCCUUAUUAACACCAUAUACAAAAAUGACCUCAAAGAUUAUUUUGAGGUCAUAGAUUGUGGGGGUGCCUGCCUGGCUCCAUCAGUGGAGAAUGCCCCUCUCAAUCUAGGAUCAUGAGUUCAAGCCGCACAUUGGGCAUGGGACCCCCUUUUAAAAAGGGAGGGUUUAGAGUAUAAACUCUUAGAAGAAACCAGGACAAAAGCUUUGUGACAUGGGAUUUAUCAGUGAGUCAUUGGCUAUGACUUCAAAGGCACCGUUAGCAAAUCGGCAAAUCUGACUCGGUGAAAAUUUAAAACUUUGGUGCCUUGAAGGUUGCUGUCAACCACGUAAAAAGGCAACCUACAGAACAGGAGAAAAUAUUUGCAAACCACAUCUCUGAUAAAGCAUCAAAUAUGCAACAAGAAACAACCAAACAAGACACCCGUCUGACUGCAGGCUAGACACGGAUCUCGGAGAGACCCUUCUCCAGGGAUCUGCAGAUGAGAACGUCAGGAGUGCUGCCGUUGAAACAGCGGCAAACCCCAUGCAGAGGGUGUGAAAAAGUGGGGGUGUGGAAGGAUGCAGCCACUGUGGGACACCAUAGGCUAGCUCCUCAGAAAGUUAAAAAUAAAGUUGCCUAGUGGUCUGGCAAUUCCAUGGCUAGAUACGUACCCCAAAGAUUUGCAACAGGGUCUGGGAGGCAAGCAGCACACCCAUGGUCAUGACAUUAUUCACAGUAACCAACAGUGGAAGCCCCGGGCGUCCUUCAGCAGCCCCUGGUCUGUCCACGCCAUGGCACAGCAUUCAGCCUUAGAAAAAGAACUGCUGACGCCCGCUCCACUGGGCAUGAAGAGUGGGGACCUUCUGUUCCGUGCAAUACGCCAGUCACAGGAAAGACAAGGACGGUCUGGUCGCACUUACGUGAGGCACUUGGAGUGCUCAGAAUCUUGCAGACAGAAAGCAGAGCGGGGGUCUCGGGGGGCCGGGGAGGUGGGGUUUAGCAGGCACAGAACUCCUAUUUACAAGAGGGACGGUGGUUAUGUCGGCACCACAGUGCGCAGGUAUUGAAUUUCAGAUGGUGGACACGGUAAGUUUUGUGGUGUGUGUUUUGCCUCGCCAACAAACGUCUGCACGAAAAGCUGUGGCGGUCGGGGCUUUGGGAAGGCAGGAUGGGUAAAGGUGGAGUGUGGGAGUUUUAGGCAGAGAGACUGUUCUGUACGAUGUAAAAUCCCACAGCUCCCCAAGGGUGAGCUCCAACGUAAACCGUGGACUUGCCUUAAUAGUAACCUGUCCCUCCUGGGUCAUAGACAGCAGCAAAGGUACCCCACUAACGCACGCAGUUAGUAACCGGCUGUGGCCCGUGGUGGGGCGGGUGAGAUCUCCUGCAAACAGGGGACCAGUCCAAAAAUAUGACACAUGAGAAAAAAAGUCUUCACACUGGCCAGAACAGGACCACAGGACCACGGCCCGCUGCAAAGGAGGCAGGGAGGACAGGGAAGCGUCUCUCCCCCGCACGGCAGACACAGUCCUUCUGCACACAGCAUUGGGGCUCUGACAACAGAGAAGACGAAGGCUGCCCUGAGGUGCCAAGACCCUACAUCUCCCCUUCCAGGCCAGCCGCCCAGGGAGUCCCCACAGCGCACCUGGGCUGGUCAGAGCGUCACCCGCACACCCAGCCCAGGGUCGUGCCAGGCUGGCCGAGUGUUGCAGCCUGACCCCUGCAUCUCAGCCCAGACCGCGGACUCUCCGAAGGCCUGGGGCGCGCUGUCCAGCAUCUGUCAGCCGGACCCCGGCAGGCUUCUCCCCUGCGCCAUCUUCUGAGCCAGGAGACCCGCUCCCACUCACCCCUCUCUGGGCCAGAGCAGGCCCAUGACCCCAUGUCCCUUGUCUCAAAGGAAACUGGGAAAGGAGGCAUCCGGCCUGACAGCAGAGAUGGCACGCGGUGACGGCGAGGCUGCUGUCCCGGGCGCUUGGGUAUCACCGGUGUCAGCAGAAAGCCUUUCGGCACUGGGGUGUCGGCCGUUUGAGCCCUUCCCCCGCCAGUGCCCAGGAGAUCUGCUAAUCACCGUGCUCCAGAUUAGCCCAGGGAAGCGCCCGCGGGCCCGGCACGCAGGACAGAAGCCUGGCGCCUUUUGGCCCCCUAAUCUGAUCUCCAGGAUCUCGGUCUGAAUCAGUGCGAGAUGGAGGAGCUAACAGUUGGGCACAAAGUCACGAACCGAAAACUAAGGCAUGAUACGACACACGCAGGCACCGGCCCAGGAGCUGGAUCUGUCGCUCUGCGGGACACAGCCUGGGCGCGCACAGAUUGUGGGGAGCAUGAUCAUCUUCUGUUCUGGACUGGGCGUGUGUCAGCUGAGACCCCGGAGACCACGCAGGCUUCCUUCCACUCCCUGGCUCGUCCCUGCGCCCCUGCUGGGGCCAUCUGGGUCACCUGUGAUAAACUGUGUGCCGUGACAUCCCCAUCUCAGGCUUUGCUUCUGGGGGGAAGAUCCAGGAGCAGGGACAGAAGCCCUGAGGGGGGGCUGGAGGCUCCACAGCCACUGCACAUGGACGGCCGGGCCCUUGACUCCUCUCUACGUGAGGUGACUCAGAGCUGACUCAGGGUGGGCCUGAGCCCCCCUCGGCUUCUGUCUUCCCGGCACGGCUGGGGUGGCUCCUCUGAGUCAGACCAGGGUCCUUGAGCCAUGGGAGGUUAGAGAUAGCAGGCUUCUUCCUGCAGCUGCCUGGGGUGGGCGGCCACGCAGAAGGUGCUCUCACAGGCUCCCUUAUCAGCCCAGCCUCCGCGCGGGGGCCAAGGUCUGGACCGCUGGUGAUAGGGAGAGCCCGAGGGAGGGAGCAGAAGGUGAGUCUGUGCACCUGCGCUGUUUGCGUGGUGACACUGUCCCUCCAGGGCUGGCGGGGACAGGCCUGGCCUGGCCGGGAUGGGACGGAGGGGGCGGGCAGAGGAGGGCCUGGGCUCUCACGUCUGGGAACUCUGUGUGCCGUCAGGGGAGCCGAUCUUCCCCCUCCACCCAGAGGAGGACAUUUGUCACUGGUCACUCCACCCCUAACUGUCCCCUCUGUUAUCAGGUUGUUAAUAUUAAUUAACAACUGUUGCUAAGGCUGACAGUGCAAGGGUGUGUCCCGGCCCCAGCUGGCUUGGUCUCAAGAGGGGGCUGGGUAGAGGGGGCGCUGAGGCUGGACAGGUCGGGGGCGAGUGUUGAGUGGGGUUCGGAUGGCCUGCUCUUGCUUUGGGAAGUGGACCCAGGGGAGACCCCAGCACCUCACUGGGAGGCUUAUGGAGAGACGGGGACAAGGGCAGGAGGGAGGAGAAGUGGAUCAUUAACCAGCGGGGAGCCGAGGGAGGUGUGGGGCUCAGCCCCAUUGGUCCUGGCCAAGUCAGGCCAGGCUGUCCCUGACGGGGAGCCCGCCUCACUGUGCACCCCGAGUUUCAGUACAUGAGCUACCUCGACAAGCACUGUGAGUCUCCAAGAGCCAGCCCUUGGCUGUCCCCGGCUGUCCCCGUGGCCUAGCCCCACUGCCCUGGGACCCCUUCCCGUGCUGGGAUGGCAGAGGCUGGCCCGAGGGGCUGGCUGCUGUGGGCGCUGCUCCUGCACUUGGCCCAGGGCGAGCUGCUCACCCCCAUCCACCAGCCCGGCUACUGCGCUUUCUACGAUGAGUGUGGGAGGAACCCGGAGCUGUCCGGGGGCCUGGCCCCGCUGUCCAAUGUGUCCUGCCUGUCCAACACACGUGCUGUGCUCGUCUCCGGCGACCACCUGACCCUCCUCCGGCGCAUCUGCCCCCGCCUCUACGCGGGGCCCAACUCCACGUAUGCCUGCUGCUCCUCCAAGCAGCUGGUGUCCCUCGAGGCCAGCCUGGCAGUCACCAAGGCCCUGCUCACCCGCUGCCCCGCCUGCUCCGACAACUUCGUGAACCUGCACUGCCACAACACCUGCAGCCCCGACCAGAGCCUCUUCAUCAACGUGACCCGCGUGGCGGGGGGUGGGGGUGGCCGGGCCCCGGCUGUGGUGGCCUACGAGGCUUUCUACCAGCACGACUUCGCGCAGCGGACCUACGACUCGUGCAGCCGGGUACGCAUCCCCGCGGCCGCCACGCUGGCGGUGGGCGCCAUGUGCGGUGUGUAUGGCUCCGCCCUCUGCACUGCUCAGCGCUGGCUCAACUUCCAGGGGGACACGGGGAAUGGCCUGGCUCCUCUGGACAUCACCUUCCACCUGCUGGAGCCUGGCCAUGAUCCCGGCAGUGGGAUACAGCCUCUGAACGGGGAGGUCCAGCCAUGCAAUGUGUCCCACGGCAACGGCACGGCCGCCUGCUCCUGCCAGGACUGCGCCGCAUCCUGCCCUGUCAUCGCCCGGCCCCAGGCCCUGGAUGCCACCUUCUACCUGGGCCGGAUGGCGGGCGGGCUGGUCCUCGUCAUCCUCCUCUGCUCCGCGUUUGUCCUGCUCACCACCUUCCUGGUGGCGACCCGCCUGGUCACGUCCCGCCGCCGGCACAAGACACCGGACCCCAAAGCAGGCACAAGCCUGUCCGACAGACUCAGCCUCUCCACCCACACUGUCCUCAGCCGGUGCUUCCAGGCCUGGGGCACGUGGGUGGCCUCGUGGCCACUGACCGUCCUCCUCCUGUCCAUUGCCAUGGUGGUGGCCUUGUCGGGGGGCCUAGCCUUUCUGCAGCUGACCACGGACCCCGUGGAGCUGUGGUCGGCCCCCAGCAGCCAAGCCCGCAGCGAGAAGGCCUUCCACGACCAGCAUUUCGGCCCCUUCCUCCGGACCAACCAGGUGAUCCUGACGGCCCCUGGGCAGCCCAGCUACCACUACGACUCCCUGCUGCUCGGGCCCAAGAACUUCAGCGGGAUCCUGGCCUUAGACGUCCUGCUGGAGCUGCUCGAGCUGCAGGAGAGGCUGCGCAACCUACAGGUGUGGUCGCCCAACGAGAAGCGCAACAUCUCACUGCGGGACGUCUGCUUUGCGCCCCUCAACCCGCACAAUGCCAGUCUCUCCGACUGCUGCGUCAACAGCCUCCUGCAGUACUUCCAGAGCAAUCGCUCGCACCUGCUGCUCACGGCCAACCAGACACUCACGGGGCAGACCUCCCAGGUGGACUGGAGGGACCACUUCCUCUACUGCGUCAAUGCCCCACUCACCUUCAAGGAUGGCACAGCCCUGGCCCUGAGCUGCAUGGCUGACUAUGGAGGUCCGGUCUUCCCCUUCCUUGCCGUGGGAGGCUACAAAGGGAAGGACUACUCUGAGGCGGAGGCCCUGAUCAUGACCUUCUCCCUCAACAACUAUGAACCUGGGGACCCCCGGCUGGCCCAUGUUAAGCUCUGGGAGGCAGCCUUCUUAGAGGAGAUGAAAGCCUUCCAGCGGCAGACAGCUGGCAGGUUCCAGGUCACAUUCAUGGCGGAGCGCUCCCUGGAGGACGAGAUCAACCGCACCACGGCCCAGGACCUGCCCAUCUUUGGGGUCAGCUACAUUGUCAUCUUCUUGUACAUCUCCCUGGCCCUGGGCAGCUACUCCAGCUGGCGCCGAGUGCUGGUGGACUCCAAGGUGACGCUGGGCCUGGGCGGGGUGGCGGUGGUGCUGGGAGCAGUCACGGCGGCCAUGGGCUUCUUCUCCUACUUGGGGGUGCCCUCCUCCCUGGUGAUCCUUCAGGUGGUGCCUUUCCUGGUGCUGGCCGUGGGGGCCGACAAUAUCUUCAUCUUCGUUCUGGAGUACCAGAGGUUGCCUCGGAAGCCUGAGGAGCGGCGAGAGGCCCACAUUGGCCGCGCGCUGGGCAGAGUGGCCCCCAGUAUGCUGCUCUGCAGCCUGUCUGAGGCCAUCUGCUUCUUUCUCGGGGCCCUGACCCCCAUGCCAGCUGUGAGAACCUUCGCCUUGACCUCCGGCUUUGCGAUCGUUCUUGACUUCCUGCUCCAGGUGUCAGCCUUUGUGGCCCUGCUUUCUCUGGACAGCAGGAGGCAGGAGGCUUCCCGGUUGGAUGUCUGCUGCUGCGUGGGCGCUCCGAAGCUGCCCCCAUCUGACCAAAGUGAGGGGCUCCUGCUCUGGUUCUUUCGCAAGUUCUAUGUCCCACUCCUGCUGCACCGGGUCAUGCGCGGGGUCGUGCUGCUGCUGUUCACGGGCCUGUUUGGAGUGGGGCUCUACUUCAUGUGCCACAUCAGCGUGGGGCUGGAUCAGGAGCUGGCUCUGCCCAAGGACUCAUACCUGCUGGACUACUUCUUCAGCCUGAACCGCUACUUCGAGGUGGGGGCCCCAGUCUACUUUGUCACCACAGGGGGCUACAACUUCUCCAGUGAGGCGGGUAUGAACGCCAUUUGCUCCAGCGCAGGAUGUGACAGCUAUUCCUUAACCCAGAAGAUACAAUAUGCCACCGAGUUCCCCGAGGAGUCUUACCUGGCCAUCCCCGCCUCCUCCUGGGUGGAUGACUUCAUCGACUGGCUGACCCCGUCCUCCUGCUGCCGCCUCUACAUCUACGGCCCUAAUAAAGGCGAAUUCUGCCCCUCAACCGUCAACUCCCUGGCCUGCUUGAAGAACUGCAUUAGCCUGACGCUUGGCCCUGUGAGGCCCUCGGAGGAGCAGUUCCAGAAGUACCUUCCCUGGUUCCUGAGCGAUCCCCCGAACAUCAAAUGUCCCAAAGGGGGACUGGCUGCGUAUAACACCUCUGUGCAUUUGGGACAAGACGGCCAGAUUUUAGCCUCGCGGUUUAUGGCCUACCACAAGCCGCUACGGAACUCGCAGGAUUACACGGAGGCUCUGAGGGCAUCGCGCGCGCUGGCGGCCAACAUCACCGCCUACCUGCGGCAGGUGCCUGGCACCGACCCGGCCUUCGAGGUCUUCCCCUACACGAUCACCAACGUGUUCUACGAGCAGUACCUGAACGUGGUCCCCGAGGGCCUCUUCAUGCUCGCCAUCUGCCUGCUGCCCACCUUCAUCGUCUGCUGCCUGCUGCUGGGCAUGGACCUGCGUUCGGGCCUCCUCAACUUGUUCUCCAUCGUCAUGAUCCUCGUGGACACCGUGGGCUUCAUGGCCCUGUGGGGCAUCAGCUACAAUGCUGUGUCCCUUAUCAACCUGGUCACGGCAGUGGGCAUCUCCGUGGAGUUCGUGUCCCACAUCACCCGCGCCUUUGCGGUCAGCACCCGGCCCACCCGGCUGGAAAGGGCCAAGGAGGCCACCGUCUUCAUGGGCAGUGCUGUGUUCGCUGGCGUGGCCAUGACCAACCUGCCUGGCAUCCUCGUGCUGGGCCUGGCGAAGGCGCAGCUCAUCCAGAUCUUCUUCUUCCGCCUCAACCUCCUCAUCACUGUGCUGGGCCUGCUGCACGGCCUGGUCUUGCUGCCAGUGGUCCUCAGUUACCUGGGGCCUGACGUCAACGCAGCUCUAGUGCUGGAGCAGAAGCAGAUGGAAGAGGCCACCAGGCUCAGGAUGGCAUCCUGCCCGAGCCACCCAGGCCCGACAUCCACCUCCAGCAGUACCUACGUCAACUACGGCUUUGAACAUUCCUCCAAGAGUGGCCUUCACAGCUCUCUGCCCCGCAGUGGACACUAGUUCUGAUGAUCCCAGGGCCAUGCGGGUUUCCUGAUAGGGGUCCCUGGCAGGUCCUCCCACUCAGGUCUGGGAGAGGCUGUUCCCAUGGGGGUGCCUGUAGUGGGAUCUCCUCUGGCCAUCAGGUCGGACUGGUAAGGACAUGAUUACACAGAAGGCGGCAUGUGGCAGCGUGGGUGUGACCUGUUCCUGUCCUUCGAACUUGGCGUGUGUCUUCUUCGUGCAAGUUUUGAAACUUUAAUUCCAUGUGUCUAUAUGUAAACAAUAUAUAGUAUUAUCUCAGGUUUAAAAAUGUUUCGUAAAUGGAAUCAUGCUUGACGUCUGCUUUCGCGAGUUUCCCAGGCUACACAAGUUAGAUCUAUUCACGGGGGCUGUGCAGACCUGCCGAGUCCUCGUGGCAGUGGCCCCACUGGGUUCCCCUGUGUGAACUAGUGGUUUCCUCCCGUCACCUUGCUGGUGGGCACAUUGCUCCCAAUUACUUUUCCACUCCAGCUCCAUAAUCACUUAUGCAGAAUUCCCAAAUCCCCAAAUCUCUGGAAAUCUAGUUUAUUUUCCUUCUCUUUUGUAAGUUUGGGGCAAACUCAUUUGGUCACAAGACCAGACAAGGUAUGUCUAGUGUGUCUAUUUAUACUCUUCACGAAUGGGGUGUUAUACCCUUUGGUGUCCUUGAUGGGCGUAGUCAGGUAUCGGGCACACAGCGAGCCUGGUUCCAAUGUGUAUAGCCACAGGCCCUGGUGCGGGGUAAUACCUAAGGCAAGGUGAGCAUCAUGUUACUUUUCUAGAAACCUAAAUCCUGAAAUUCAUUGCACCUGUGGGAUUUCAGGUACAGAGCAGGAACCUCUAUGAGGCUGAGCAUGGAUUUGUACGUCUCCUUGUGCAUACAUGGGAGGGUUACCUGGAGGUGGUGUUGCCGAGCUAAGGAACGGGUACAGAUGAAACGUGCCCAGAGCGGCUGCUCUCUUCACACUCCCACCAGCAGCAGAUAAGGGAGCCUCUCUCCCUAGACCCACACCAAUGCAGCACAUCUCACUUGCUCUUGGUGGGGGGAAGGGUAGGAUUAUGGAUGAUUAUCAUU